AUGAAGCUCGGUUUUUCAUUCCUUCUUUUGAGCAGCGCUUCUGCCAACUACAUGUUCCAUACCAAUGGCGAGCAGGAGUGCAAAGCAACUUGCGACUUGAACAGAAUUUGCCAGUUCUGGACUUUCGACAACAGACUCCGUGCUGAUGGAAAGCGACGCCACGAGUGCCACCACCACCACAUCCACGCCUCGGUCAACUUGAUCAAGAACCAGCCCGACUUCCGAUGCGGGUCAAUGUCGGAGCCACUUUCUCAGCGCUCGCACGAGUGUCGAUUCGAGUACUCCACCGAUUUGCCUAGCAUUCGAUACCUCCAGACCACCACCAAGGGCGAGUGCGACAAAAUCGGAACUAUGUGCCGCGAAUGCGACGGUGCUACUUGGUACAGAUACCACGAUGUCGAGAUCGACGGCGAUUUGGAGUCGAAGGAGAGGAUUCCCGGCCACUGCACCAUCAACGUCAAGCAGCCGGAGGAAUAG